GCCAGGCCCCGUCGGGGGAGUCCCCUGCUGUGGGUGCCCAGCUGUGCGAACCCGGAAGGCAGCAGAAGCUCCUGACUCACCACUUCCUGUGCAUCUCCGUCCUCAGGCGCAGGGUCCCGUCCAUCUGCAGAGCACUCAGAGCAGGUGCCAUGACGUCCCUCCUCCCCGCUCUUCUCUGCCUCGGGCUGAGUCUGGGCCAGAGGACGAACACGCAGGCAGGGACCCUCCUCAAACCUGACAUCAGGGCUGAUCCAGGUUCUGUCAUCUCCUGGGGGAGCAGCGUUACCAUCUCCUGUCGGGGGACCCAGGAAGGCAAUGAGUUCUAUCUGUAUAAAGAAGAAAUACAUCAUCAAUGGAGGUCCAUAAACAAGGGCAAGUUCUCCAUCAAUCAAGUGACAGGCAAUGAUGCAGGGAGAUAUUACUGUUACUAUCGCAGCCCCUCUGGCAGGUCAGCGCUCAGUGACACCCUGGAGCUGGUGGUAACAGGAUCCUACAGCAAACCCAGCCUCUCAGCCCUGCCCAGUCCUGUCGUGACCUCAGGAGAGAACGUGACCCUCCAGUGUGGCUCAGGGCAGGGGUUUGACAGGUUCAUUCUGAGAGAGGAAGGAGAACUCAGGCUCUCCUGGACCCUGGACUCACAACGACACAGCACAGGGCAGUACCAGGCCCUGUUCCCUGUGGGCCCCGUGACCCCCAGCCACAGAUGGAUGUUCAGAUGCUAUGGCUUUUACAGGAACACCCCCCAGGUGUGGUCACACCCCAGUGACCCCCUGGAGCUCCUGGUCCCAGGUGUGUCUGGGAAGCCCUCCCUCCUGGCCCAGCAGGGCCCCAUCGUGACCUCUGGACAGAGCCUGACCCUCCAGUGUCGCUCUGAUGUCGGCUAUGACAGAUUCGCUCUGUCCAAGGAGGGGGCACAGGAUCUCCCCCAGAGCCUUGUCCUGCAGCCCCAGGCUGGACUCUCUCAGGCCGACUUCCCCCUGGGUCCUGUGCGCAGCCGCCACGGGGGCCGGUACAGAUGCUACGGUGGACACAACCUCUCCUCCGAGUGGUCGGCCCCCAGUGACCCCCUGGACAUCCUGGUGGCAGGACAGCUCUCUGACAGACCGUCCCUCUCAGUGAAGCCGGGCACCAUGGUGACCUCAGGAGAGAAGGUGACCCUGCUGUGUCAGUCACAGUACCCGAGGGACACUUUCCUUCUGUCCAAGGAGGGGGCAGCCGAUCCCCCCCUGCGUCUUCCAUCAAAGUACCGAGCUCAGCAGUACCAGGCAGAGUUUUCCAUGAGUCCUGUGACCUCCGCCCACGGGGGGACCUACCGAUGCUACAGCUCACUCAGCACCGCCCCCUACCUGCUGUCACACCCCAGUGAGCCCCUGCAGCUCCUGGUCCCAGGUGUAUCUGGGAAGCCCUCCCUCCUGGCCCAGCAGGGCCCCAUCAUGGCCUCUGGACAGAGCCUGACCCUCCAGUGUCGCUCUGAUGUCGGCUAUGACAGAUUCGCUCUGUCCAAGGAGGGGGCACAGGAUCUCCCCCAGAGCCUUGUCCUGCAGCCCCAGGCUGGACUCUCUCAGGCCGACUUCCCCCUGGACACUGUGAGCACCUCCCACGGGGGCCGGUACAGAUGCUACGGUGGACACAACCUCUCCUCUGAGUGGUCGGCCCCCAGUGACCCUCUGGACAUCCUGGUGGCAGGAUGGCUCUAUGACAGACCAUCCCUCUCAGUGAAUCCGGGCACCAUGGUGACCUCAGGAGAGAAGGUGACCCUGCUGUGUCAGUCACAGUACCCGAGGGACACGUUCCUUCUGUCCAAGGAGAGGGCAGCAGAUCCCCCCCUGCGUCUUCCAUCAAAGCGCCGAGCUGAGCAGUACCAGGCAGAGUUCUCCAUGAGUCCUAUGACCUCUGCCCACGUGGGGACCUACCGGUGCUACAGCUCACUCAGCACCUCCCCCUACCUGCUGUCACAGCCCAGUGAGCCCCUGGAGCUGCGGGUCUCAGGGACCCUCCCCAAACUCUCCAUCUAAGCUGAGCCAGUAUCUCUGAUACCCCAAGAGAGCCUUGUGACCAUCUGGUGUCUGGGGACCAGAAAGGCCCAAGAGUACUGUCUGUGUACAGAAAACAAGCAUAUGUGCUAAGAUGGACAGAAACCUCUGUGGCCUAGGGGAUAGGGCCAAGUUCUCCAUAGAAACAAUUAUGCAGAUAAAUAUUACUGUACCCAUCUCAGUCCCACUGUCUGGUCAAAGCUCAGUGACCCCCUGGAACUGGUGGCAACAGGGGUCUACAACAAACCCAGGCUCUCAGCUCUGCCCAGCCCUGUCGUGACCUCAGGAAGAAACGUGACCCUCCAGUGUGGCUCAAGGCAGGGAUUUGGCAGGUUCAUCCUGACUAAGGAAGGAGAACACAGGCUCUCCUGGACCCUGGACUCAAAACAACACACCACAGGACAGUACCAGGCCCUGUUCCCUGUGGGCCCCGUGACCCCCAGCCAGAGGUGGACGUUCAGAUGCUAUGGCUGUUACAGGAACAGCCCCCAGGUGUGGUCACACCCCAGUGACCCCCUGGAGCUCCUGGUCCCAGGUGUGUCUGGGAAGCCCUCCCUCCUGGCCCAGAAGGGCCCCAUCGUGGCCUAUGGACAGAGCCUGACCCUCCAGUGUCGCUCUGAUGUCGGCUAUGACAGAUUCGCUCUGUCCAAGGAGGGGGGACAGGACCUCCCCCCGAGCCUUGUCCUUCAGACCCAGGCUGGGCUUUCUCUGGCCAACUUUACCCUGGACACUGUGCGCAGCUCCCAUGGGGGCCGGUACAGAUGCUUCGGUGGACACAACCUCUCCUCUGAGUGGUCGGCCCCCAGUGACCCCCUGGACAUCCUGGUGGCAGGACAGCUCUUUGACAGACCUUCCCUCUCAGUGAAGCCGGGCACCAUGGUGACUUCAGGAGAGAAGGUGUCCCUGCUGUGUCAGUCACAGUACCUGAGGAACACGUUCCUUCUGUCCAAGGUGGGGGCAGCAGAUCCCCCCCUGCGUCUUCCUUCAAAGUACCGAGCUCAGCAGUACCAGGCAGAGUUCUCCAUGAGUCCUGUGACCUCCGCCGAUGGGGGGACCUUCCGAUGCUACAGCUCACGCAGGACCUCCCCCUACCUGCUGUCACACCCCAGUGAGCCCCUGGAGCUGCGGGUCUCAGGUGAGGAGGGAUGAAUGACAGACCCCAGCAGCUGCCUCGCACACAGUAGGUGCUCAGUAAGACAUCAUUGACUCAUUCACGACAUCACUCACGUCCCAGGUCUCCCAUGGUACCUGUAUGUCUUGAUCGGGGUCUCGGUGGCCUUCGUCCUGCUGCUCGUCCUCCUCUUCCUUCGACACCGACAUCAGGACAAUGGCAAGACACCAGAUGCUGCCAUGAAGGACCCACAGCCUGAGGAGAUCAUGGAGCUGGACUCUCAGAACACGCACUACGAGGACCCCCAGGGAGUGACGUACGCCCAGGUGAAACACCCAAGAUCAAGACUCAGGCAAAGAAUGGACACCUCUCCUUCCUCCCUGCUGGAGGGAUUUUUGGACACGAAGGGCAGACAAGCAGAAGAGGACAGACAGACAGACAAUCAGGCUGCUGCAUCUGAUGCCCCCCAGGAUGUAACCUAUGCCCAGCUGAACCACUUGGCCCUCAGUCAGAAGACAACAAUGCCCCCUUCAUCGCCGGCUGAGGAUCCUCCAGAUGAGACCAGUGUGUAUGCUGUUCUGACCAUCCCCUAG